UAAAGUCCUAAAGCCUGCGGUAUGGAGUAGGUUUCUUUUCAGUUAGUUAUCAGCCCAGUUCCACAACCAAACACGGGUACGGGCAAGGAGGAAGAAGGAAAAAAAGGAAAUAUCAAUACGUCGCAAAAUACGGAGUAAUAAACGAAUGGCCCGAUCAAAGGAAUUGCACGCUCUGCAGUACUCUAGCUAUUGCAGAGGAUGUUGUUCUAUUAAUGUCAAACCACGUGGCAAAAUGUUAGUGGCAGAUGACCCAAGUAAACCUUAGCCCAUCCCCAUUCGAUCUGCCGCUCUCUCUCUCAAUCCCAUCUAGCCCUCACUCGACUCGCAUCGACACCACUUCGUCGCCGUCUCCACCGCUGUCCCUUGUCUUGCAUAGGAAACUCUUUCUGGGUCGGUUUAAAUUUUACAACUUUAUAAUGGUUUGUUGAAAACUUGCACUGAUUUUUCUUCAACUUCAAUGUUUAUCAUGUCGAGCAGGUGGUGGAUGGUCUUGAUGGAGACGCCAGCAGAUGAAAAUUCUCAGAACUUAACAACUGCUGCCAAUGAAGCUGUUCAUGAACAGGAUAAUACGGUACCUGCUGCUAUAAAUCAUGGAGGCACGGAACUGGAACCAGAAGCGGAACCUGAGAUUGCUGAAGAAGAAGUGAAAGGCAUACUUGAAGUUAUUGCAUCCACCGGGAAAUUCUGGCAUGCUUGGUACAAAUUGAAGAGCAUGCUAUCCUUUCAGCUGAAGCAGGUCUUGUUGGAGUAUCCUGAGUCGAAAAUGACAAGUGAGCAGCAAAAUGCUUCUUUAGGAGAAACCUACCCCGAGCUUGUCAAAAGGUUGGAUGAAGCUCUUGUUAGCUUUGUUGAAGGUCCACCGUUUACCCUGCAGAGGCUCUGUGAGAUCCUGUUGGAAGCUCGAAGUGUUUAUCCAAAUAUCUCAAAGCUUGCUUUAGCACUAGAAAAGAAUUUAUUGGUGACAACUAUGUUGACCAUCUCUACCGAUCCGUAUCCACAAGCAACGAUGCAAAAGACAGAUGAACCAGAGAAGGCAAGGGAAGAACCCGAGGCUCAACCCAAUUCAGCACAAAAUGGGGUUGAACCUGUGGCAGGAGAUAGGGAUGAAGUAAUGACAGAUGUAGAAGAGGCUGAUAUAGAUGAUGAAAUGACCAUCGACAUGGAAGCCUUUGAAGAAAUAGUUGGAUCUGCAGAAACGAAAGCCGAACCUACUGCUAAUUCUUAGUAUUUAGGGAUUAGUUUUCUGUUAAUUGAAUGGCUCAGUUCUUACUGAUGAUCUGUUCAUGGCUCCACAUAUACAUGUUUUCUCAUUGUCAGUUGCACCUGAGGUCCGGAAUUCCAGAUGAAUGAUGUGACUGGCACAGUGUAUUCUGGUUCUGGGUUUACAAAACCAUCAAGUUAGCGUUAUAGAAAGAGUAUACCUUUCCC